UGAGCGGACGCAAGGUCACUUCCUAGCAAGCCCCGCCAAUCUGCAGCUGUCCGGGCGCUGGGGGUUCGGAGGUGGCGCGGGUGGGCUGUGUGUGCUGCUGGGGGACGUGUUGUGGGAGGGGGAGAAGCACCCCCGGGGAAUGAAGUAAGGCUGGUCCUUGUUGCGGUCUCAGAUUCUGCGCCAAGGGCCGGGGAAGGCUGCUGGCAGUCGCCAGCCCUGCCCCCGAUCCUACCCCUGUCCCGCCUGUGGGGGACGCAACGCUGCUCCGCAGCUGGAGGCCGGGUGAAGUCCUCCCGGCGCCUGCGCUGACCUCCUCCACCCUCUUUUCUUCUGAGCCCCGCCUAGCUCCCCGCCAGGCCCGCGCCUCCACCACUGCCCCCCAGGGGUUCUUUUGGACACACCCACGACUCUGACGGCACCCCUCAGGGCGGGGGGCCUCCGAGGGCCUUUCUGUUUCACUGGCCCCAACUCCCUGUAGGGGAAGGGUCCCCACGCCCCUUUCCACCCCUGCCCGCCCUGAGCCCCGCCCCCGUUUGCCCCGCCCCAUUUGCCCCGCCCACAGGCCCCGCCUGCCGUUGCCCCGGGAACCGCGGAUCCGGCAGCUGCAGGAGGCGCCCGGCCCAGCCCAGCAGCUCUCGCCGCCACAGCCGCUGCUCGCGCGGUCACAGCCGCCACAGCACCUCAGCUCCGGCUCCCGCUCCUGCGCCCACUCCGUCGGCCAUGCAGCCCCGCCGCGUCUCGGUGCCUGGUGCGCAGCUGCUGCCCGCUCCUGCCCUGCUGCUACUGCUGCUCGGCGCGGGGCCCCGCAGCGGCUGCCUGGCCAACCCGGUGCCUGCCGCGCCCCUGCCGGUGCCGGGGCCGUGCGCCGCGCAGCCCUGCCGGAACGGGGGUGUGUGCACCCCGCGCCCCGAGCCCGGCCCGCAGUCCCCGGCCACCGCCGGCGAGCCUGCCUACAGCUGCACCUGCCCCGCCGGGGUCUCGGGCGCCAACUGCCAGCUUGUUGCAGAUCCUUGCGCCAGCAACCCGUGUCGCCAUGGCAACUGCAGCAGCAGCAGCAGCAGCAGCAGCAGCAAUGGCUACUUGUGCAUUUGCAGUGAAGGCUAUGAAGGUCCAAACUGUGAAGAGGCACUUCCCAGUGUCCCCACCAAUGGCUGGACUGAGUCCAUGGCACCCAGACAGCUUCAGCCUGUCCCUGCUACCCAGGAGCCAGACAUAAUCCUGCCCCGCUCUCAGGCGACCGUCACCCUGCCGACGUGGCAGCCAAAAACAGGGCAGAAAGUUGUAGAAAUGAAAUGGGAUCAAGCGGAGGUGGCUCCAGAUAUUGCCUGUGGGAAUGCCAGUUCUAACAGCUCGGCGGGUGGCCGUCUCGUGUCCUUCGAAGUGCCUCAGAACACCUCUGUCAAAAUUCGGCAAGACGCCACCGCCUCGCUGAUUUUGCUGUGGAAGGUCACGGCCACGGGAUUCCGGCAGUGCUCACUCAUAGAUGGACGGAGCGUGACCCUCCUCCAGGCUCCCGGGGGCCUGGUCCUCUUGGAGGAGAUGCUCGCCUUGGGGCAAAAUCACUUCAUUGGUUUUGUGAAUGACUCUGUUACUAAAUCGAUUGUGGCUUUGCGCUUAACUCUGGUGGUGAAGGCCAGCACGUGUGUGCCGGGGGAGAGUCGUGCAAAUGACCUGGAGUGCUCAGGAAAAGGAAGGUGCACCACGAAGCCAUCAGAGGCAACUUUUUCCUGUGACUGUGAUGAUCAAUACACGGGUACUUUCUGUGAAGAAUUUGAUGCCUGCCAGAGGAAACCCUGCCUGAACAAUGCGAGCUGUGUUGACGCCAACGAAAAGCAAGACGGGGGCAACUUCACCUGUGUCUGCCUUGCAGGUUAUACUGGAGAGCUUUGCCAGUCCAAGAUUGACUAUUGUGUCCUAGACCCUUGCAGAAAUGGAGCAACAUGCAUUUCUCAUCUCAGUGGAUUCACCUGCCAGUGUCCAGAAGGCUACCUGGGUGCCACCUGCGAGGAGAAAGUGGACCCGUGCGCCUCCAGCCCCUGCCAGAACAACGGGACCUGCUACGCUGAUGGGCUGCACUUUGGCUGCAGCUGUAGUGCAGGCUUCACCGGCCCGGCGUGCGCGCAGCUCGUGGACUUCUGUGCACUCAGCCCCUGUGCCCACGGCACGUGCCGCAGUGUGGGCACCAGCUACAAAUGUCUGUGUGACCCAGGGUACCACGGCCUCUACUGUGAGGAGGAGUACAACGAGUGCCUCUCUAGCCCAUGCCUGAACGCCGCCACCUGCAGGGACCUCGUCAACGGCUACGAGUGUGUGUGCCUGGCGGAGUACAAAGGAAUCCACUGUGAAUCCUACAAGGACCCCUGUGCGAACAUCAGCUGUCUGAACGGAGGUACCUGUGACAGUGAAGGCCUCAAUGGCACGUGUGUCUGCGCCCCAGGGUUUACAGGCGAAGACUGUGACAUCGACAUAAAUGAAUGUGACAGUAACCCCUGCCAUCACGCCGGGACCUGCCUGGACCAGCCCAAUGGGUAUACCUGCCACUGCCCACAUGGCUGGGUGGGAGCAAACUGUGAAAUCCACCUCCAGUGGAAGUCCGGGCACAUGGCGGAGAGUCUCACCAACAUGCCUCGGCACUCGCUCUACAUCAUCAUCGGCGCCCUCUGUGUGGCCUUCAUCCUGAUGCUGAUCAUCCUGAUCGUGGGGAUUUGCCGCAUCAGCCGCAUCGAGUACCAGGGCUCUUCCCGGCCGGCCUACGAGGAGUUCUACAACUGCCGCAGCAUCGACAGCGAGUUCAGCAAUGCCAUCGCCUCCAUCAGGCAUGCCAGGUUUGGAAAGAAAUCCCGACCUGCCAUGUAUGACGUGACCCCCAUCGCCUACGAGGAUUACAGCCCCGACGACAAGCCCUUGGUCACCCUGAUUAAAACAAAAGAUUUGUAAUCUUUUUUGGGGAUUAUUUUUCAAAAAGAUGGGCUACUACAUUCAUUUAAAUAUUUUUAAGAAAUUAAAAAGCUUAAGAAGUUUAAAAUGUUAGCUGCUCAAGAGUUUUCGGUAGGAUAUUUAAGAACUAAUUUUCUGCAGCUUUUAGUUUGGAAAAACUAUUUUAAAAAGGGGAUUUGUGAAAUCCACCCAUAGCCUAUGUUUUAAUGUACUUUCAGCUCUCUAAACUGUAUGCUUUGACCAGUGGGUACGCUUUCCACAGUAGGUAUUAUCACAAAACCCAGAUUUAUUGUCUAAUCAAGGUCCAGUUUGUAUCUGACGUGUGAGUGCUGGCUUUCUGAGUAGAGUUAGGAAACACAUGUAGAGUAUGAACCAUAAUACAGUAUACCCGUUACUUAAAAAGAAGUCUGAAAUGUUUGUUCUGUGAAAAAAAGAAACUAGUUAAAUGUAUUAUUCCUAACCUGAAUGAAAUUAGCCUUUGCCUUAUUCUGUGCAUGAGUAAGUAACUUAUUUCUUCACUGUUUUGUUGAACCUUGUGGAAACCGGAAACAUUCUUUUGAGUUUGUUGUUUGUCAUUUUCGUCAACGGUCAUCAAGCUAGGCCUUGAAAACAUACAUGAUACCAGGGCCUAGUGAGGCAAAUUAGGAUUGACUUGAACCUGUGUUUUCUUUUACAAGUCAAGGUUUUUAUAUUGUGAGUAAAUUAGAUUUUACUUCGGGGUGGUUCGUUGCUAAGAGGUAGUAACUGUAAGAGGUACCAGUUCCUUCAGUAGUAAGUAUUUCUCAUAGUGCAUCUUUAUUUAUAUCCAGGACAUUUUUGUGGCUGUGUUUGAUUGAUAUGUGCUCUUUCUGAUUCUUGCUAAUUUCAAAGAAUAUUGAAUAAAUGUUACCAAGUCAAGGAUA